AUGGUUGGACGCCUUUUUGAGGACUUCAGCUGUGCACCGGCGCAGCUCCUGCAGGAGUGGCGCGUGCAGGUGCGCUCUCGGAGAUGUGCUGAGAGGAAGUACCCGGAUGAUCUACCCAGCUUGAGUGUGGUGUUGAUCUACCUGGACGAAGCUCUGUCCAUCAUCAAGCGGGCCAUUCGUAGCAUCAUCGACAAGACACCCGCUCGUCUCCUGAAAGACAUCAUACUGGUGGACGACCACAGCACCAACGGUAGAUCAUGGCAGAACAUCCUUGGACAACCAAAAUACUCACCAGGUGCGUCUUCCACAGAGGACCUGAAGGAGAAGCUGGAAGCGUACAUCAACGUCAUCCACGAGGAACGUCCGGGCCUGAUCAAGAGAGUCCAGCACACUGAGCAACUGGGCCUCACUCAGGCCAGACUGUCAGGAUGGAAAGUGGCCACGGGCGAUGUGGUGGCCAUCUUGGAUGCCCACAUUGAAGUCCAUGUGCAAUGGGCAGAACCAUUGCUGGCUCGCAUCAAGGAGGACCGAACUGUCAUUGUGACACCAGUCUUUGAUAAAGUCAAUUAUGAUGACUUGAAGUUGACCCGCUACGGUCCUGCUGCCGAUGCCUUUGACUGGGCCUUGUGUGCAUAUAGCAAGUUCUUUGGAGAGAUCGGAAGUCUGGACGGAGGAAUGAAGAUAUACGGUGGUGAGAAUGUCGAGCUGGGCAUUCGCAACUCCUCUAUCAUCAUCACCUUCAUCACGGCCCUCACCACAAAUCUGCAUCUACACCCUCCAGAGAUGCUUCACUGUCUUUCUCCUCAUCUAGAAAGCUUGGUUUGGCUGUGCGGUGGCAGCGUGGAAAUCAUCCCUUGCUCCAAAAUCGCACACAUCGAGCGUGCGUCCAAGCCGUACCUGCCGGACUUGAGCGUCACCAUGAAGCGCAAUGCACUGCGGGUGGCCGAGGUGUGGAUGGACGAAUACAAGCACAACGUCAACAUCGCAUGGAACCUUCCGCUGGAGAAUCACGGCGAGGACAUCGGCGAUGUGUCUGAGAGGAAGAAGCUGAGGGAGAAGCUUAACUGCAAACCCUUUAAGUGGUACCUGGAGAACGUUUACCCCAUGUUGGACCCUCUCGCCGACUUGUUGGCGUACGGAGCAUUGAUAAACAAGCUGAAGCCGGAUCUCUGCAUUGACCAAGGUCCAGUUCCAGGCAGCACCCCCAUUCUCUACUCAUGCCACUACUUCGCCCCUCAGCGCUGCUACUACCGCACCAACGGACAACUUUACAUCGGUGGCAUCAAGUCCCACAAGUACAACAACAACCGCUGCUUGGUGGAUCCUGGCAAAGGCAUUUACCCGGCGCUGUACGACUGCAAGAUGGCCGCUGAGAAGAAGUUCCACAUGUUGUGGGACUUCCAACAGGGAACGUCCAUCCAGAACAGGGAGACAAAGAGGUGUCUGGAGAUCGCCACGGGUCAAGACGGCUACUACGAGCUUAUCAUUCAGCGGUGCACCGGUCAGAUCUGGAACAUACAGAAUUACAUCAAAGAGAGGGAAGUAAAGAAGGGUCAGAUCCAGCAGGCGAGAACCAUCUUGGGCUCUGAGAACCUCAAGGAGUGA